AUGUCCACUCAACCCCCCUCAAUAUUCACCCCUUACCUCUCUCCAUCCCUGCAAUCCCACCUCUCAUCCUCCCCUGUGCCAAUCGACAUCGACUCCCACGCCCGCACAGCACUCGCUCGACUCCAAGCCACGGCCCUCCCCAACAUCGGCCUGAUCGAACUCGUCUCCUCCACAGCCUUCACCACGCUCUACGAAGCCCUCUACAAAUCCAGCUUCCCACGCCGCGCCGAGCGCGAACGUUCCGACCUGAUCACAGCCCGCCUCGCCGCACAAGCCGCCGGCACACGCACCGGCCUCGCCCCCUACCGCAUCGUCGGCAUCCGCGACAAGAACGACCAAGCCAUCGGUGCCGCACAGUUCAGCGUUCUCAGUCUCGCUGUCUCGGGCUUCGCCGUCCCCUACUUGCAAUACAUCUACAUCCGCCCAUCCUCCAGACGCCAAGACAUGUCCGAAGUCCUCCAUACAUUCGUUCUGGCCGUAGCUGCUGCCGACGCUUACGCUUCCACCGCGGCUCCGGCUCCCUCCCUCUCCACCACCAUCACCAGUGUAACCGUCCCCUUCACGCUCUUCGAAACCGAACCACCGGACCACGGCCACGACACGAUAUCGCGCGCCUACGCGGCCGAGCGCUCCAAAAUCCACACGUCCACUGGCGGCGUUGCUCUCGUUCUCCGCCGUCAUCACGACAACAAAAUCCUCAGCGCCCACGUCCAGCCAGGCCUCGAACGAGAUGACCCACCAUUGACGCUGGUCUGGGUGAUUCGACAAUCCCCCAACCCAGGCCGGACGUACGAGAUCAAGGACAUCGGGAAGCACCUGGUCGCUGCGUAUUACCGCAGUCUGCGCGACGAAGGUUUUCCAGAGGCUAACAUUCGCCGUGCCGAAAGGAUGGUCGAGGAGAGAUGUAAAGGGGCAGAGUUCCAUUUUAUGCCUCUGGGCGACGUCAAGGAUAUCACUGACAUGGAGCAUCUAGAUAUGUAUCCCAGUGACUGACCCUUUCCGAACCGACUAUUACCCAACCAAUGCAAUUUGAUCAAUGACGAUAGUAUUGCAAGCUACGAAAGACUAUGAAGCAUGAUUGAAACCUCAAAAGACGCAGUCUCGGAGACUCGAUGCCUCAACGAAAUUGUCUCAGAGCAGCGAUGAAACCAGCAAACAUUCAGCGAGAAUAAGAGAGCGUGGUAAGAACGAAAGACAGACGAUACUCGCGCAAUAAGAAAAGACAACGAAAGGGAUAACAAUCUGUGCCCGACAUGUUUCAGUCUAGCACUUCAAGGUCAGCUAGCAGCCAACUCAAGGAAGUCCUCCUCCCCAGAUAUUCUCAACGACAUAUAAGGACUCCCUCACAUGUCAACCGUUUAGUGUCUGGGUGGUGUCUUCCUCGACGGCCUUCUACUGUAGAGAUC